UCUUUAUUCAAUAGGUCGUUCCCGCCCUUUUUCACUUCCCCCUUCAUCUUCUUGUUUAUCCCUUGCUGUGUAACACAGAUUUUCUGCUUGUAAUCAUCAAAACCAGCACCAACAAAACAAAGCCAGCAAGUACUUGCACCAGAGGAGGCAACGUAAUAGCACCUUCUUUCUUGCUAGUUUCCCCCACAAAAAAAGGUUGCGUCUUUUGAACCUCUUAUGGCAUUUCAAACCAAAACCGAACCUGAUUCCUUGUCUAGGGUCAUUCCUACCACCAAUAAAAAAGAAUACUGUGAAAUGAGCAUAUCCCAGCUAGUUUCUGUGCUGCGUAUUGCGUUUAAAAUUGAGGAUUUUGAUAAAAUUGAGCAAGAGUUGGUAAAGAGGGAAGCAAAACUUAGGGCGGAAAUUGGACGACUCCAGGAGAAGAUUGAGCUGGAGAGGCUCCAAGGAAUUGAAUGCGAAGAAAGACUGAAAAUCAGAGAGGAGCAAUGUGAAAGAGGGAAGAGAGCCCAGGAGGAUUAUGAGCAGUUGUUGAAGGAAGUGAAAACAAAUGGCUGGAUUGAAAAACAUGCUAUUGAGGAGUUAAGGAGAAAGAACGUUGCUUUAGAACGUGAAGUGUGUGAGCUGAAGGAGUUCAAGAAAAUAAUGCUAGAUGAUGUCAACUCUGUGGAUGAACUAAGGGACAAGAUCCGUGUGUUGAAAGAGGAGAAGGUUGGGGACAAGAAUGCUCUUGAUGUCCUUAACAUGAAGAACAUUGAAGUGAAGGAAGAAGUUAAGAAGAAUUUGACUGUCAUAGAAGGGUUGAGGAAUGAAAAUGCUAAACUGACAUACGAGAAGGUCGGGAACAAAAAUGCUCUUGAUGUCCUUAACAUGAAGAACAUUGAAUUGGUGGAAGCAGUUAAGAAGAAUUUGACUGUUAUAGAGGGGUUGAGGAAUGAAAAUGCUAAACUGACAGACGAGAAACACGAACUUAAGACAUUUAUUGAAUCUUUGGAGAGGAGGUAUAGUAAACUGCCCGUCAGUUAUGUGAAGGUGGAAGACAGUACUCAUUGCUCUGUUGAUACUGGCAAUGCUCAGUCUCCCAAAAAAGGGAACAAGGAGGAUGCUGUAGGUGCAUUAGAACAAAAGAAAGAUCAGACAGAAGCAUGCAAAGAAGGGGUAAAAUUUAAAUUGGAAAAGGAGAUCGUGGACCUAGGUGAUGAUGAUAAUGAUGCUAGGUAUACAUCACAAGGAUUGCGUGGAGAGCAAACUAUUUCUCGAAAAAUUGCAGAAAAUGAACAUUUACAAAGGGUUGAAAUGAUCAAAAGACAACGAGCUUCUGAUAUUCAGGCUUCUACUUCCACAUUUACAUCCUCUGCUGAUUUAUUUGAAAAAGAAAAUCUCCCUGUAAAGGAAAGUGUCAUGGGCAAAGAUAUUCAAAGUCCUGCAAAAAAGAAAAAAAAAGGUUAUCGGGUUUAUAGGGCCCAGAGAGUAAGUGGGCCCAUUGAGCCUCUAGCCCAUGAAGUGAAGCACGGUUCAAAACAGGUAAGGGUAUAUGUGAGAAAGAAGCAGAGUUUUCUCUCCUAAUCAAAUUGUUAUUCUUUUUUGUUUUCAUCUUCAAAGCUCAGAUUUUAGACUUUGUUGCAAGGAUACAAGUUCAGUUUAUC